AUGGCUCAUUUGACAAAGCGCCUGCUCAGCAAGCGUGACGACUUGAUGCCUACCCCCGACACCAAGUUAGAAGUCAGGCAUGAACCCUGCAGCGGCAGCUCCUGGGAACCGCCGGCGGGCGCUUGCGCCGGCCUGUCCUCCGCAGCGCCAGGGGGCGCUGUGCCGUACGCGGGCUCGGGAUUGGCGGGGCGCCGCUCUCUGGGCGGGGCGCAGAGGCGGUGGGAGGACUUGCGGCGGGCCGCUUCGGCUUCUUCUCCGGCCUGCUCCGUCCGCGGCUUCCCGCGCGUCCCGCCGGCCACCAUGGGGAAGCGAGACAAUCGCGUGGCCUACAUGAAUCCAAUAGCGAUGGCUCGAUCGAGGGGUCCAGUCCAGUCUUCAGGGCCAACAAUCCAGGACUAUCUGAAUCGACCGAGGCCUACCUGGGAGGAAGUAAAGGAACAGCUGGAAAAGAAAAAGAAGGGUUCCAAAGCUUUGGCUGAAUUUGAAGAAAAAAUGAAUGAGAAUUGGAAAAAAGAACUAGAAAAACACAGAGAGAAAUUACUAAGUGGAAAUGAGAGCUCAUCCAAAAAAAGACAGAGAAAGAAAAAAGAAAAGAAGAAAUCUGGUAGGUAUUCAUCUUCUUCCUCAUCGAGCUCUGAUUCUUCCAGCAGUUCUUCAGAUUCUGAAGAUGAGGAUAAAAAACAAACAAAGAAGAGGAAGAAAAAGAAGAGUCGUUGCCAUAAGUCUCCCGAGAGCUCAGUGUCGGACUCCGACUCGGACAGCAAGGAUGGUUCAAAAAAGAAAAAGAAGUCAAAGGAUGUGACUGAGAAAGAGAAGGACACUAAAGGACUCAGCAAAAAAAGAAAGCUGUGUGAAGAUAGAGCGCUCUCCUCUGCAUCGUUGUCCGGGUCGGAUUAUGAAGAGGUGCAAGCAAAAAGGAAGAAAAGCGGAGAAGAGCGCGAGAGAACAGACAAAGCCAAGAAGAGACGGAAGCACAAGAAGCACAGCAAGAAGAAGAAAAAGAAGGCUGCGGGUUCGAGUUCAGACUCAGCGUAGCCUCGGGAAGGAAGACCAGGGUCCCUUACAGAGUGCAAUGUCGAAGGAGCUCUCAACUGUGAAGAUUCUGACUACGUAGUGACGUGCAUGAAUUCCCUUGUGUUUAGACUUUCCUGGACUAGUCAGUAGCCACUUGGAUACCGCUGUGUGAAGGGCCAUGAUUGUUGCCUGCUGCCUGAACACCUUUUCCUCUUCCAGUGCUUGGUGACUCUGGAGGACAGUGCUUUGCAGUCAUACUAGUGGUUAAGAUAUUUGGGAUAAAGCUAAUAUUUUUUACUAGACGUACUUAAGGAUAAAUCAACAGAAACGGAAUCUGGAUCCAUCUUUAAGAUGUAACCAGAAAUAAUGAGAUGACUCUAGUAAAAAUUUUCAUAGUAGGGAUUACAUUAAUAUUUCAAAAUCCUUACUCUGUAGAUAAGUAUUUUAGUUUUUCCCCACGUAUAUUUUGAUUUACUUGGGGAAGGAGCUUUUAAAGAGGGGGGUGGUUUGCUAUCUCUUUAGCUACCAGAACAGCGUGCCUUUGAUCUCACACUACUUUUGUGGACACAGUAGCCAUGCUUCCUGGGAGGUCAGAGCUGGGCGCCAUCAGUCCCGCCUUGACUAAGGCUGAUGACAUCCACAGACUUCUUCGUAUGCUGCUUUGAAUGCACCAGAGAUACCCAGCACUUUGCAGCAUGAGAAAGCCCCCAAAGCUCUGGAAUUUACCUCCACUUGAGUCAUAACUGAAUGUUUCUUAGGGUUAGACGGUGUUAUGUCAUUUUAAUUGAAUUUACCUACACUUUGGAGAGGAGUUGUUUAGCAGACACUGGUACUUUCUGAACUGAUAGCUAACAAUUCUAAAGUGCAUGUUUUAUACAGGUUUUAACCAGUCAGAAGGUUUCUAUGUAGCCAGUGAUAGCUCCUUUAUGUUUUGUAUAGAUUUUGUUUAGGCUGCAGUGUUUAGCUUUUAACUCCAUACUCUUGCUGUCUUAAGUUCAUUACUAUGUUUAAUGGCACACUUACAAGAUAUUUAGCAUGUAAAAAGCAGGACUUUUGGUUUUCAUUUUUAACGGCUUCAUAUUGAAGCUGAGUCUUACCACAAACAAGUUGAGUGGCGGGCCUGGUAUGCUGUAUCUUGUUACAUAAAGCUAUGCCAGAAUCUUAGUAAAUAGAAUGUUCUAAAAGUUUGUUGUCUUUGUAUAUUCAUAACAGAUUAUGACAUGUUAACUUACCUGAGAACUACAUUACUGCUCUUCCUGUGUCAUGUUUUUCUGAGAUAUUUGUGCCUCAUAUCUCUUGAGUUAUUAGGAAUGUUAAAAAGAAUUGAUAAGUCAUUUUCAUUUUACACUUUUAUAUAAUCAGGUAAUAUGAAAUAUAACGAUGUACAAUUUUGCCUGUUUCAGAGGGUGUGCUAAUUAUAGUGAAAUAUGCACAGAACAUUUUGGCAUGACAAGAGGCUGAAUAAAUAGCUAUUUUACUUAAAA